GCCACGUCAGCGUCCGCACCGUCGGGCCCGAGGAGUGACUGUCCUGCCGAGGCGCAUGGUGUUCCCCGCCAAGAGGUUGUGCGUGGUGCCGUCCAUGGAGGGCGUUCGCUGGGCCUUCUCCUGCGGCACCUGGCUGCCAAGCCGAGCCGAGUGGCUGCUGGCGGUGCGGUCGAUCCAGCCCGAGGAGAAGGAGCGCAUCGGCCAGUUCGUGUUUGCGCGCGACGCCAAGGCCGCCAUGGCCGGUCGUCUGAUGAUAAGGAAAUUAGUUGCAGAGAAAUUGAAUAUCCCUUGGGAUCAUAUUCGUCUGCAAAGAACUUCGAAAGGAAAGCCGGUUCUUGCAAAGGACUCGAUGAAUCCCUACCCCAACUUCAACUUUAACAUCUCUCAUCAAGGGGACUAUGCAGUUCUUGCUGCAGAACCUGAGCUGCAAGUUGGCGUUGAUAUAAUGAAGACUAGUUUUCCAGGUCGUGGUUCAAUUCCAGAAUUCUUUCAUAUUAUGAAAAGAAAGUUUACCAACAAGGAAUGGGACACAAUCAGAAGUUUUAGUGAUGAAUGGACUCAGCUGGAUAUGUUUUACCGCCAUUGGGCACUGAAAGAAAGCUUCAUAAAAGCCAUUGGUGUUGGAUUGGGAUUUGAAAUGCAACGGCUUGAAUUUGACAUAUCUCCAUUAAACUUGGAUAUAGGCCAGGUUUAUAAGGAAACACGUUUGUUUUUGGAUGGGGAAGAAGAAAAAGAAUGGGCCUUUGAGGAAAGCAAAAUAGAUGAACACCAUUUUGUUGCAGUGGCUCUUAGGAAACCUGAUGGAUCUAGACAUCAAAAUGUUUCAUAUCAAGAUGAUUCUAAGCCAUCCCAGAGGCAAUUUACCAUUCUUAACUUCAAUGAUUUAAUAGCAUCUGCUGUUCCUAUGACACCUGAGGAUCCUUCAUUUUGGGACUGUUUUUGUUUCACAGAAGAAAUUCUAAUACGAAAUGGUACAAAGUCAUGAUAGGAUUCCCCAAGUAAGGAAAAGAAAUGGAAAGGGUGAUCUUCUGUAUUCACCAGUAUAAAUUGCCUGAUGUGAUCAAAUUUUAUUUAACAAAACAUUUUUAAAGACCCAAAUGCUUUUUAAGAGCAGAUUUACAGUUCAGUGGCUCUUUUGAAUGUUUACUUCUUCCUGUCCAAAAUUGUGAUUAAUAAAAAGGAUGACAGAAUCUUCCAGUGAUAAAUACGCAUUUUAGAGAGAAAAAAUAAAGUGUAAACAUGCUGAAGGAAAUAUUUUCACCUUGUUUUUCAGAGGACUACUCUAAAACUUGGGUUAACCUUCCAGAAACUUUUGUUGCAAACGAAUCCGUAAUAACUUUUAAAAAAUGCAAAGAUAUGUUUUGUAGUUUUAGGAAAAUACAUCUGCUUUUCAUCACUGUUUCUGUAUAGACUUAGUGGUUCUAAGAUCCUGUCACAUGAUAUGAAUAUAAAGCCAAGCAGCUUUCUGUUGUCAGCAUUACUUUACCUUGACUGCAGUAACACAGGCUGGUAGCGGGACUUCCAGGUUUAUGUCUUCAUAAACUUGUGACAUUUGUUUUAUCAGUGAUAAAAAUAAGUCCCCAAAGGUUCCAUCACCACUAUCAAAAGUAAACUACUGGAAAGGAAAAGCUAAGCCCAGCUUGGGAGAAGAAAAUGUGCCAUCAUAUCCUCACUUCCAUGUUGGGGGUUUUAACUGUAUCAUUACUGUAAGCAGUGCUACAGUGAAAAUUCUGUGCCACUGAGAGACAUGCUUGUGUCCUACAGACUAGAAGUAGAACAGUAGAAUGACUGUUGAGAGGGUUUUAAAAAACAGGUGUGCUAUGUAUUACUGUAUUCCUGAAAAGCUGCAGUUUAUACUUGUAGUCAUGUGUGAGCGCCACUGUGUGACUGAUCACCUGUAGCUGUUCCUUGCUUGUGUUAUCUGAAGAUCGGCUUGCUUGCUUGUUUGUUUUUCCCUGUAUCGGUCUGUACAACCAAAAGGUGAUUUCAGAUUUUAAACUUGUAUUUCUUUCCUUACAAAUGAGGUUGAUAGGACAUUAUUGGUUAUUUUUUUAUUUCCUUCGUAUGAGUCUUUUGUUCAUCAUUUGUUUUUAUUGACUAAAUAGACUUAAAUUGGGAACAAAAUAUAUUAAGAUACCAAGACCGUCAUACCGAUGAGGGAAUCUAUUAUAUGGCUGUGGCACAUGUCUUCAGGAGGUAGCCUCGUUACUGUUACAUAGCAAGGAGAAUGAUGUCGUUUCAUUACAAUAAAAAUUGUGUAUAAGUUGUGUAAAAUUACUCCAUAAUAGUGUUUUUUAAUUUUGUUGACCAUGCUUAAUUAUACACAGCAUAAAAAAUCUUGUAGCAUUUCUAAUAGAUGAAGUAUUGUUAUCCCCUGCAUAAAUAUAAUACUAAAAUGAAAAAAAUCAUUUGUCUUUUCAUUAUAAUAAAACAAUGACAAUUAUGGAAUUUUA